AUGGCAAACAGUCAAAUAAACCGAAUCAACCCUCUUCGCCCCUCCAUUCGCCUUUCUCCCGCACAUUCUCGUACUAAUUCUCGAUCUACUUCUCCGGAACGCAAAAAUGGUUUUUUAUUCGAGAAAAUCGACCCUUUACUCGGCAAUCUUUCCGCCGAAUCGACCUUAAAAGCCCUUACAUCCAUCGAUGCCGUAACAUCCAACGAAAAACUCUCCCAUGAUAUUCUAUCCAAAAGCAUUGCUGAGGUUUCGCCUUCUGAACGCGCAUUAGGAAUUAGAGCGGCUAUAGCUGGUCGCAACCUGAACUAUUGGUUGAAGGAAGUGCAAUCUUGGACAUGGCCAAACAAGACCGAGGCGAAGGAAGGUAAGGGCUUCGUACCACCGACAGAUCCAGAGUGUGGUGAACAGUCUGGAAAAUCAAACCACUUGUUGCCACCAGGCAGCAACGAAAUCGAAUAUUAUGGAAGCUUGCCAGCAACGCUGGUGGAGGAGUAUGAGAAGAGGAUCGAAGAAAUUCGGGAUGAAAUGGAUAAGUUAGAUGUGGAGGGGCUGAAAGAACAUGUUUUGAACGCCCACAUUCCAUCUAGGUCUCGCCCUUCCUCCUCAACCAGUGACAUGUCUACGCCUCCGCCACUCAGUUACGUGCAGCUCAGCGACUUUACUGCCGUCAUCACCGCUAUCAUCUUACAUGCGCUACCAUUCUUAUCCAGACUGGCUAGUCUUUUGACAACUUGGGAUGUUCGACUACUGGUUUUGCGCCAAAUACCUGGUCUGCUACGAGAGUUGAAAGCGCUACGCUUAGCCCUAAAUUCCUCACUCAGCGCAAUACGAGAUAUACAAGAUUCCAAAUUGGCCGAAGACGGGCAACCGAUUUUCUCAAAGGCAUAUCUGCAGGAUGAACAUGUCAAGCUCGAGUCGGCCGUCUUUGCAGUUGGCAGACGCAUGGAUAGUGCUUUGGAUGCUUUGGAAGGACGCCCAGAUUCACUGCCUGAAAAUUGGAUCGACGAUCUCGAGCGUAUUGAGUCCGACUUUGCGGAAUGGGUAGUGGAAGUCGAGAGAUACAAUCUCGAUACAGAGUGGCUGAUUGCGAAGGAACAGGCGAAAGCUCUGGAAGCUCGCGAUAAUGCUGAAAAGCAGCUGCAAGAUUCAACUGAAGGGUCUUCAGAUUUCUUACAAACUGAAACAGCGGAUUUGGAUACUAUUGAAGAAGAGCCCAGGUGCGAAGCGAAGAUUGUACGGGAGAGAACCACUGCAGAAUCAGAACCUGGGAACGAUUCUUUAGUGUUUUCUCAAGAGAGCGACUCGAUAAUCCUGAUAGGUGACGCUUCGCUCAGCACUGAUAAUAACAACGAUCGGGAGCCCAAAGUUUUAGCCAAAGAAAUCGGAGAAGUUACCGAGAGCCAGCCAGAAAUUGAGGCUCCUCGGGACUUGAAAACUCCAACGCAAUCUCAUCAUCCACAGAACUCACCAGUUGAAACUCCACUGCGGCCAUUACGGCUUUCCACGCCCGAGCCGCCAAAAAUCGAGUAUCAAGAAACCUUAUCUCCAAAUUCUUUUGUCGAUCAGGCACCUAGCCUCGACUCAACAGCAAAACUACCUACAAUGGAUAUCAUCGACGACCCGUUUGUUGCGGAAACCUUUAUUGGCAGCGAUGCGAAACUUGAGCACACAUCGCAACUCGAUGAUCCUAUCGAUUUCUUUUCCCCAAGCGCCACUAGCCAAGAAAGUUUGAAACCCAGCAAAGUGGCUGCAAUGAUUGAGAAGUUUUCUCUAUCACCCAGCCCGAGAACAAUUCUGGCAACGACACCAACUCCUGAAGCUGCUCGCUCCAUUCCCGGCAGGUCAAGGCAGUCUAGCAUCCCUCGGAUGCUCGGCCUCCAGUCCCCGGCAAGCGAUGCUUCGGCCAAAAAGCCCGAUCUGCAUGGUUCUAGAUGGGAAACACUGACAAAGUCAUCCGCUCAUCAACCAGCUUCGAUCAAGUCUACAUCUUCGGACGCCGUUCGUGCCACAUCUGAUUUGACCAAAGAGAACACACAAGAGUUGCCAGUCCGUCGCAAAAGGAAGCCAUUGCAAAGUCCAAUAAAGCUUUCCAAAACACGCCCAGCAAAGCUGAAAAUUGAGAAUGUUGCACCAAUACCUCGACCACGUCGGUCAACUAUGGGGUCUGUAGGUUCGGACUCGGACAACAACCCUCUCGUAUUUAGUCCUGAGAAUCCCGAGCCCCUGACCAGUUCAUCGAAUGACACGAUGCCUCUGACGCCCUCUCUUUUGAAGUUCCGCCAACCGACAUCCAUUAAAUCACAUGGCGAUCAUACGCUUCGAGAAGACCGUCUCCGCCGAUUGGAGAGCGCCAAAACUUCGGAUCAAGCAUCCUUCAAUCUUCACUCAAAUCGCUCUGUGAGCCUGCCUCUCGAAAGGUUCAUUAAUGAGAAUAUGAGAUUGGAUUCGGUCGAUCGAUCCCCGGAUACACCGACCUAUGAGCCAUCUAUGAAACCACCAGGCGUGGCAAAAUCACAUCGCGGUUCCUCUUCUAUCAAUUCUUCGCAUGUCCUGCGUCCUCCUAGCCGCCUCCAUGGACUGACCCGCCAAAAGUCUGUGACAGACUUGAAAGAUGGCCGGCAAACUUCAAGGCCUGCGGAUCACGAUGCAAAGAUAUUCGGCAGCAACACUGCACGUCGAGCUAUGCAGCACCAUGAUCAGCCAAAAUCUGCUCGCUUGCGCCAGCGCCUGACCCCUCACCGUAGCCUCGAAAGCUUGGGGAUGAAGAGACAGGAACUUGCAUAUGUUGAAGAGGAACGUACAGAUAAUGGCUCUGGCUCGCGCGUCUCCUCGCCGUACAAGCAGCCUAGAAAACCAAGAGAUCACAUUGAUGAGAAAAUCAGCUCCAUCCUGAGCACUCUUCAAGGCCAGAUCCAUCUCGUCGACCCUCACAACUACCCUGAUACAUCUUCUUCCUCUUCUUCUGAUCGAAAAAUGCGGGAAAUAAACUCUGGGUCGCCGCGUCCGCCAUCCCGCAGCUUCACGCCUGCACCUUCCCUAACUCUCACCGCCGCCUCUCCACGGCGGUACUCACACACUCACAAGAUGGAAGAUAGCUAUGUCAAGCUGUAUCAUCUCCACCAUGGCGGAGAGUCAGCACCUACGAAACUUUUUGUGCGCACGGUAGGAGAAGAUAAUCAGCGCGUGAUGGUCCGUGUCGGUGGUGGAUGGGCUGAUCUGGCCGAAUAUUUACGUGAGUACGUCAUCCAUCAUGGCCGCCGUAAGAUCUCAGAAACACCUCGUGUCGAGAUCCAAGGCCUGGCAUCUCGGUCACCAAGCUACUCUUCCCCAGUCACUCACACAUCUGGCCGAGCUACCCCCUCUCAGCCUCCAUCUCGAGCUGUAUCCCGGGCUGCAUCUCGGGCCGCCUCGGUAAUGAGUGUCCGCCCACCUUCAUCUCUCGCCAUUCGCAAGGGGAGACGUGGGUCCAAUAUAUCCGACGUAGUGGUUCCGAGAUCAGUCACGACGGGAACUUUCAACUCCGCCUCAACACCAUCAAUGGCUCCCAAGGGUCGACGUCUCUCCGUCCCAUCAGGCUCAUCUCCCUUUAUCCACGCGCAAUCUCCCUCCUACACUCAUACAUCUCACGAGUCCCAACCCACCCCUCUGGGUCUAGCCGGGCCCAAACCACGUUCGCGACGACUGUCAAUGAGCCCAGAGGGCGAGAAGUGGGUAGCAGAUGUUCUUGAGAAAACACGUCUCUCUACCAGACCUUUUGCACUCAGCUCGCCACCCGCCAACGACGACGUGAACCCGUAUGAUCUUGACUACUCUCUCCGCGGCCAUUCCCUCCCCAAAGUCCGCAGCAUCGGAGAUAUUCGAUACAACUCCGGAAGCACAAGAGUCUCGCUGAAGGGCCUCGGUAAUCACCGCUAG